UCCCUUUUCCAUAUCUCGCGAGGUUUGAGAAAAUCAGCGUUUCCAACAAAGUUAAUACUAGCAACAACAAUGGCCGCUAUCCGCAGAGUAUUUCUUCUUGUAAGCAAGUCUAUAAAGAAUAACAUCAUAACAAGCCUGCGAAUGGAUCACAUAGGGGAAAUACCUAAAAGGAAUAUGAAGUCGCUAAAGCCCGGUGUAACUGCGAUGUGUGCUGCUGCAGGAGGAGCUGUCGCUUAUUAUUAUUACUGUCAUGUGAAUAACUCGAAUCGGGAGAACGGAUUGGUGUUCAAUAUCAAGAACAGAACGGACCUGCUCCCAUCACUACCCGCAGUAGCUGCGAAAGAAAAGUCCAGAGGUCUGGAUUUUGAAGAUGGAGAUGUCUACAUUUCUUCUCAUGAGCAAAGAUUCCGCAUGUUUUCCUCUGUUGAAUAUGAGGGCCAACUCUACAUGACCCCACAGAAUUUCAUUGAGUCUGUCACUAUGGAUGAGCCCAAAUACAGGAGACAAUGGAAGUCACUUUCAAAGCAGGAGUUAGAGCAGAUACUUUCAGAAACACCACCUGUUUGGAGAGGGACAUCAAAACUGUUUCGAAACUUGUCUGAUGGAGGUGUUAUUGCCUACACUGAAUAUCUCUUUCUGCUCUGCAUUUUAACAAAGCCUCAUGCAGGUUUUAACAUAGCUUUCAAGAUGUUUGAUGCUGAUGGCAAUCAGAUGGUGGACAAAAAAGAGUUUUUAGUGCUGCAGGAGAUAUUCCGAAAGAAAAAUGAAAAAAAGGGAAGAAAAGGAGAUGCUGAAAAAUCUGCACAGCUGAAUUUGCAACUUUAUGGAUAUCAGUUUGCUCCUAUACACACCGUUCUUAAAAACGAUAAUGAGGAGUAUGUCCCUAGAAGCUACUGGGAUAUACUGAGACGCAUCACAAGCCAGGCACUCUUUUCAGACAUUGCAGAGCGUGCUGAAGAGAAUAUGAUGGUUGACACAACACUCCUGGUGCAUUUCUUUGGAAAGAAAGGGAAGGCUGAGCUCAACUAUGACGACUUUUACAGAUUUAUGGAUAAUCUACAGACAGAGGUUCUGGAGAUUGAGUUCCUAACCUACUCCAAAGGGAUGACUACCAUUAGUGAAGAAGACUUUGCUCGCAUUCUGUUACGUUACACAAAUGUGGAGAACAUAAGCAGUUAUCUAGAUAGUGUACGGCAGAGGAUUUCUGAAGAAAAGGGUCUUACAUUUGAUGAGUUUAGAUCAUUCUUCCAGUUCUUGAACAACUUGGAGGAUUUUGCAAUUGCAAUGCAAAUGUACAAUUUUGCAAACCGAUCAAUUGGGCAAGAUGAGUUCAAGCGUGCAGUUUAUGUAGCAACAGGAUUAAAACUAUCCCAACAUUUGGUGAACACUGUCUUCAAAAUCUUCGAUGUCGACCGAGAUGAGCAGCUAAGUUACAAAGAGUUUAUUGGAAUCAUGAAGGACAGGCUGCACAGAGGGUCUCGGGGGUACAAAACUGUACAGAGGUACACUACCUUCAAAUCCUGCAUCAAAAAGGAACUCAGCAGAUAAGUACCUAGACAAUGUGGCAUAUCUGCAUUAUUCACAGGAGUGAAGGCUGAAGUCAGAAAAUACUGUAAACAACUGUGGAAGAGAUACCAAGAAAGUUUAGUAGUUUAUAGUAAAUAAA